ACUUAUUUUAUUUUUUGUUUUGUUUUGUGUAAUAUGCACCCCUUGGAUGCACAAUGGAUGCCCAUUGUGCAACAACUCAACACAGCGAAGAACUGCAUCACACAACACCACGUUAAACACGCAGACUAACAAAGGCCUCACGUGUUUAUAUACAUAAAAUAUAUACAAGUCUUUAUUUACGCAAGUCUUUCAAAGUUUGUUGGCUGCAAUCGGCACCAUGUCUGUACGUCCAGGGGCUAAGCUCGUGACCGAUUUCAUCGCAGCGAACCGUGUUGCCGUAUUCAGUACUACCACAUGCCCCUUUUGCAGCCGAGCCAAAGGGCUGUUAAACAUCAUAGGUGUCAAAUUCGCUGACAUGUCACUUGACACUGUCCCGUCAGACACUGUGGCAGAUGUCCGCGCGGAAAUGAAAAAACUCAGUGGCCAGAGGACUGUACCCCAAAUAUUCAUCGAUCAGAAAUCUAUAGGCGGUUACUCUGAAUUACAAGAAGCCAAUAUGACCGGUGCGUUGCAGGCCAUUCUCAAUCGGCAGUGAAAUGUGGGCCAAGUGUGAGAUGCGAAACCUCGCAACGGACAAAGAAUCAGUAUUCAGUGGAAACUCGCUUUGAUGCAGAAUCAACACCGCGUAUAGCUAGCAGGUUGAAAGUCGUGCUCGUAGUCCUAAAAGUGGGACCGCUUUAACAAGGCACAGGCACAGGUCGUGCUUAGGGUUCUAGGGUUUGCCCUCUACCCUUGUAGGCACAGGCCCGUGCCUAGGGUUUUAGGGUUUACCCCCUACUCAUGUAGGCACAGACCCUUGUCUAGGGUUUUAGGGUUUGCCCCUAUCCUUGUACGCACAGGCAAGUACAUAGGGGGGGAAGGGGGGAAUCAAGAGACGAUGGCCUGGGAACAUGUAAUAAAGGUACGACUGAAGGCCACCGACAUAUCAGAGAACUUAGCCGUAUGAUAGGCAGCUAUUAGAAGAAGAAACAAUUAGCAAUGAAAAUAUGGGCGUAUGCACGUGGGUCUUUCGCGCGCGGUACGAAUACUAGUAAUGUGUUAAUGCGUUGUAGUACAUGCCACAACUGGGAUGGUUGUAUACUGAAGAGUGGAAUUUUGCACUAGUUCUGGAUGUCACUGCAAGGCACACGGGUUCUGAGAACCCUUUUGUAACCAAAAUGGACAUGCUGGUCACCCCCAUUAGGACAAUAAAACUUUUGGGAUGUUAGAG